UUUAAAUUUCUUUAAAAAAAGUUAUUAAGAACGUUGACAUUUAGAAGUGUUUAUUUCAAGUCUAAUUCAAGUUUUUUAAUGGCAGGAGAAGUUAUAGUUGAUGCGCUACCAUAUAUUGACCAAGGAUAUGAUGAACCUGGAGUUAGAGAAGCGGCUUUGGCCAUGGUUGAAGAAGAAACCCGACGUUAUAGACCAACAAAGAAUUAUUUAGAGCACUUGCCACCGUUACAUAUUACUGCUUUUGAAACAGAGGUGAUGAAACAUGAGUUUGAGCGAAUGCAAAAUCGUUUACCAAUGGAAGUGCUUAGUAUGAAACGCUACGAGUUACCUCCACCUCCACCAGGGAAAAUGAAUGAUCUUGCAGCCUGGAAUGAAAGCGUAAAAAAUAGCAGUGCACAAUUGGAACAUCAGGCUACAAGAAUCUGUAACCUUGAGUUAAUGAUGGAAUAUGGUUGCGAAGCAUGGAAGUCUUAUUUAGAAAUAUUAGUGCAACUAGUAAAUCAAGCCCAAAAACAACUACAAGGAUUAAGGAAAAAAAUUCAAGAGGUCAAUUGGCAAAGAAAAUCUAUGCAAACUCAAGGAGGGGAGAAAUUACGGGCAUUAGAGGCACAAUGGGUAGGACUUGUAUCAAAGAAUUAUGAGAUCGAACAAGCAUGUGUUCAUUUGGAAGAGGAAAUACAAAAGUCUAUGAUGAACAAGGGCGAGGGUGUAGAAAUUAAUGAUGUACCAGGAGAGGAGGAACCUGACGUUCCAGAGAAAAGUGCAACAGAGGUUAUGGCAACAGAAAUGGAUCAACAAGAACAAGAAAAUCAAGAACCUUAAAAAAUGUAUAAAAUUGUGGAUAAUCAUAUUUUGUAUUAUUGUAGUCAUUAAUUGCAUUAUUAUUUAAAUACAUUAUUUAUAUUUACAA